GAUGGACAAGUUCAAGGGGAUCGAAUACCUGAGGAUCAGGUUUGUUGACUUAGAUUCCGUGUUGCCACCGUUGAACCCGUAUUUCUUAAUGCAAAAUGGAAAAUGCACUGGAGUCUGGAGCGACUUCAUCAUCAACGAAAUGAAUAGGGUUCGACCCAACAUCACAUUCCCCGGAUUGAGCGAUACAUUUGGAAACAUUGUCUACAGCAAAGAUGGCCGGAUGAUUAUUGCUCCUGAGCCAUCCAGACCGCGCAUCACCUCUUUGAAACUGUCCAAUUAUCGAUCGCUUGCCACUCGAAUUACUAUUCAGUAGCCACUUGGUCAGAUUUUGGUCGGAGUAUAUCAAAAGCAACUUGGUCGAGAAAUCCUGUGCAGAUAUUUUUCGCACUUUUAUUUCAAAUGAACGCAAAAAACAAACAGAAAGCCUAUAAAAUCCCAUUUAUGGAACAAAUACAUUGGCGGAAAAGCCAACGGAAAUGUCGUCUUUUUUUUCUUUUUCUCUUUUCCAGGCGUUUGCAGCUUUUUAUAUCAGCACGAAGCGAGGGCUUAUGGGAUCCGGGUUCUAAAUUUUUUGUCCCGCAAUUUUUCAUCUUGAUUUUCAUACCCUGGGACAGUCAAAUAACGCGAACAAAGCUCGGAGUUGGUUUGUUAAACUCAGUAAUCAUGGAUACAUGGGGUUCAAGGGCUGCAGUUGGGUUUGAUGGUAUUGUUGCUUGGCAUCGCUUUGGUAGGGUAAUUCUUUGGGGGGUUGGGCAAACGCGCAAGGGGGGAAAGGCUCUGCAACGAGAUUGAGAGAUAUUGGGUGAAGUUAGGUUGAUACCCGUAAUGAAAUAUUUCGAAUUUAUGCC